GACUCCAGGCAGAUCCUCCCAGAGGACGCUUUGAAAGGAAGGAAGGCAGAAAGGGUGCCUGGGAGGAGGCCGUGGGAGGGGGGAAGGCGGAGGCUGGGGCUCAGCCCGGAGCCUACCGGCGGGCAUCCCAGGCAGGGCAGGCCGUGGUGUGGAGGCAGGGGAGAAUGCGCCUCUCCAAAACCCUCGUCGACAUGGACAUGGCUGACUACAGUGCAGCGCUGGACCCGGCCUACACCACCCUGGAAUUUGAGAAUGUGCAGGUGUUGACCAUGGGCAAUGGAAUAAUUCACCAAGUGGAGGGGAGCGCAGUCCUGGGCACACGCUGGAGUCUCGGGAGACAUUCGGUCAGGCCGUGGAAGGAGGGAGUUGUGGCGGACACGUCCCCAUCAGAAGGCACCAACCUCAACGUGCCCAACAGCCUGGGUGUCAGUGCCCUGUGCGCCAUCUGCGGGGACCGGGCCACGGGCAAACAUUACGGCGCCUCGAGCUGUGACGGCUGCAAGGGCUUCUUCCGGAGGAGUGUGAGGAAGAACCACAUGUACUCCUGCAGAUUUAGCCGGCAGUGCGUGGUGGACAAAGACAAGAGGAACCAGUGCCGCUACUGCAGGCUCAAGAAGUGCUUCCGGGCUGGCAUGAAGAAGGAAGCCGUCCAAAACGAGCGGGACCGGAUCAGCACUCGAAGGUCAAGCUACGAGGACAGCAGCCUGCCCUCCAUCAACGCGCUCCUGCAGGCAGAAGUCCUGUCCCAGCAGAUCACCUCCCCCGUCUCGGGGAUCAAUGGCGACAUCCGCGCGAAGAAGAUCGCCAGCAUCGCGGACGUGUGCGAGUCCAUGAAGGAGCAGCUGCUGGUGUUGGUCGAGUGGGCCAAGUACAUCCCAGCUUUCUGUGAGCUGCCCCUGGACGACCAGGUGGCCCUGCUCAGAGCCCACGCCGGUGAGCACCUGCUGCUCGGAGCCACCAAGCGAUCCAUGGUAUUCAAGGACGUGCUGCUUCUAGGCAAUGACUACAUCGUCCCCCGGCACUGUCCGGAGCUGGCGGAGAUGAGCCGGGUGUCCAUGCGCAUCCUGGAUGAGCUGGUGCUGCCCUUCCAGGAGCUGCAGAUCGAUGACAAUGAGUACGCGUGCCUCAAGGCCAUCAUCUUCUUCGACCCAGAUGCCAAGGGGCUGAGCGACCCGGGCAAGAUCAAGCGGCUGCGCUCGCAGGUGCAGGUGAGCCUGGAGGACUACAUCAACGACCGCCAGUACGACUCGCGCGGCCGCUUUGGCGAGCUGCUGCUGCUGCUGCCCACGCUGCAGAGCAUCACCUGGCAGAUGAUCGAGCAGAUCCAGUUCAUCAAGCUCUUCGGCAUGGCCAAGAUCGACAACCUGCUGCAGGAGAUGCUGCUGGGAGGGUCCUCCAGUGAUGCGCCCCAUGCCCACCACCCCCUGCAUCCUCACUUAAUGCAGGAACACAUGGGCACCAACGUCAUUGUUGCCAACACAAUGCCCGCUCACCUCAGCAAUGGACAGAUGUGUGAGUGGCCCCGCCCCAGGGGGCAGGCAGCUACCCCUGAGACUCCGCAGCCCUCACCACCAGGUGGCUCAGGGUCUGAACCCUACAAGCUCCUGCCAGGAGCCAUCACCACAAUUGUCAAGCCCCCUUCUGCCAUCCCCCAGCCGACUAUCACCAAGCAAGAAGUCAUCUAGCAAGCCGCUGGGGGUCGGGGACUCUGCUGGCUCCCCCAAGCCCCCUUCAAGAGCACCUGGUGAUCACCUGGUCACCACAAAGGAAGGCGUGACAACAGGGCUGGUGCCAGAGCAGUAAUGGAAAGAGCGAAGCGUCCAAGCAUGUGUGCUGAAGGUCACAUCCCAUUGCCACCCUCGGCCCCUGCUCUGCUCUGGAUAUCGGAACUUUGACUUGGGGAGAACCCAGCUGGAAAGUCUUCUGCUUUCCUGGAUAACUUUUCCCUGUGGAAGCCACUGCCUUCACCUUCUUCCAUAUUUUCCAACUUUUUUACCCCCAAAGGACGACUGUCUGGAGAUGACACGGGACUUGCCUCUCCCUCAAGCCGGUACUUCUCCUCUCUCAGUACUGGGCUGGUGUCCAGAUACAGAACCCUUGAGCUGGGUGAGAUUGCAACACCUUCCUCCUCCCCUUUCUGCUGUCUCAGCCUCAGAGGCCCCUCUGCACCUUCCACUGUCCCCUUGCUUAGCCAUCUUCUUUUCCUCGAAACCACUUCACCAGAGGCUGAGGAUGACUUAGAAACAACUCCCCUAGUCAUUACAGAAACAUUUUAUUAGCACCAGCUGGGGCCAGUCCACAUGUCAGAGACUGCUGAGAAGACAUCAGUCUUCUUCCUCCAACCUCACUGUCCUCCCCUACUUCAGAGAACUUGGAUGCAUUUUCAGGGUGACAGUCCCUACAGGCUUUCAGCAGUGAGACUGACAAAUGCCACAGGAACUUGGAGGAAGGGCUGGAAUGGGCAGAGAAGGCAUCUGGAAAGAGGCAGACUGCAUUAGGCCUUUGAGGAAGGGUGGGAUUCCAGCUGGUGGAACAGGAAGACAGCACAUUCCAAACAGAACAGCCUGGGCCAAGGCCUGGUGGUAGGAAGAAUGGUGUUGAGAGAAGCCAUGAAAAGUUUGGGCUCUCUGGAGCCAAGCAGGAGUCCUGGAGAGCAUGGGGCCUUGAGGGCCAAUCCAAGGUCAUGAGUGACUGAGAGGGACACGAAGGGAGCUGGGCUUUCGGAAACUAAACACAGCACUCCUCCAGAGGCUGGAAGUUGGGGGGCAACAGGGAGGUGAGAUGAGGGCAGAUCAGUGGGGAGUGCAGAGGCUUGGCGAUGGAGAGGGGGAAUGGGUGAGUUCUCAGAUCAGGGUGCUAUUAAGGAGGACUUUUCCCCAGGGCUUGUCUCAAGUUCUUCCUCACUUACUCCCUGGCGCUGCCUUAAGGCAUUGGACAUGCAUUGUCUGAUUGCACCCUCCCCUUCACCUAGAGAUUGUUACAGAAGCCCCAAGUAGAGUUGAGCGAAUUGUUCUUCCUGAAAUCAUACAGCUAGCAUGUGGCUGAGUCAGGACUUGAACUUUGAUCUCCCUGGAUCAGAAUAGGACCUCACUGUGAUUGAGUUGAGGGAUUUCCCCCUUCAUCAGCCUCAGAAACUAAAGGCUUUCUCCUUCCAGAAACCCUACCCACAUCCAGGUCUACAAUCAGCCUGAGGCUGCACUGAAAGCCACUUGGGGUCCAGAUCCUAUCUGCUGAGAAAUUUUCUGGAGAAUUCAUGAUUAUGACUCCUGAUCCCUUUUCUCUUCACUUCCCAAGUCUGGGGAGCAGGGAUCUUGCUCCUGGGAGACAGAUCACUGUGGCCUGGCCCUCUGGGGCGGAACAGUGCAAGUGAGAGGUAGGGGAGGAGUAAGAAGACCUGAGGCCUGCUCUGAGGAAUGUCAUUCAGGUGCAUUUUGGAAAUAUUAAGCCCCAGGAUGGAGCAGCCAUCCAUGAAGAAUCUUGGUGACUGUGGGGAGGUUCUGGAAAGUGCCACUGGCCAGGGGGAAUAAAAGGUUGAUUGUCCCAGGGCCAGAGUGUGAUUAGGUAGGAGAGUCAGCUGAUGGGCUAUCCUCCACCCCAGGGUGACCUUUCUGAGUGAAUGGGAGCAGAAGCAGUGACCAUUAUUCUACCAUUAGUGAUUGUCCCUUUUGUAGAAGAGGCAUGGGAAGGGUUUAGGGUGGCUUGUCCGAGAGAGCCCCUUUUCUCCAGUGCCAUCAUGAUCAGCCUUCCCCACUCCACCAGACCAAGGCCCCCAUCCCAGCAGAGAUUGCUUUCCGCCCCAAGUUCUCAAGCCUCCCUCAGCUACCCUCACUCCAGGGCCCCAGAAAGCCCAGCCAGGGGGGCUCAACCUGGUCUGUGGCAAGGUAGGGAAGCUGAUGUCUUCCUGCUUAUGGUGGUUAUUCCUGCUCUGUUCUUCCACCGUCCAGUCUUACUCAGGCCUCUUGUCCCGGGAGCAAAGUUAAGAUGAGACUCUAUGGAGUGGAAUGAGGUGACAAUGGCCAUUUUUGGGUCAAGGUAUGUGUCCUCUGCUCCAAGUUUACCCUUUCUGGAGGAGAAAUCCAUUCCACUUUAAUAACUCAUUGCAAUGGAGAAAAUAUAAAACAAAAAAGGUUUACUUUUCUGAUUCUAAGCUGAGGACAACAUUGGAAAUCCAUCUUUUCUUUUUUCUUUUGUUUUUUGGCUACCUGAGUUGUGAUCCUAAAACAUAAAAUCUGUUGGACUAAAAAAGGGCUGUUGAGGGCAAGCGUGGGUACCGUAAUUCCUCCACCAAGACACCCCUUUCUUCAGGCAGCUCUCAGGAACUUCCUGAACCCACGUGACUCUCCUGAGAGUGGACAGAGGACGGGAGAGAGUCAGAAAUGGAUGCUCCUCGACUUCUCGUGGUGACCAAGACAACUGCUUUUGCCAAAUUUUUCAGUGAUCUGCCUUGACUAAAACGAACUGUGAAAUUCACAUCAAGCAGUUCCGGAAGUGGGCUGGGUCCCAUCUGACCAAUCCACAUCUUCCUGUGGGUAUGAAUGUCAUUAGGUCCUGCGCUGACCCCUGAGCCCUUGUCACUGCCGCCCGAUGGGCCAAAGAAGCAAAAAACAUUUAUUACUCUUGUAUGUUUUAACAAAGGUUUAUAAAACAAAAUAAAUGGCACGUAUGUUUUCUACA